AUGCCGCGUGGAGCCGCUCAAAAACUAUUCGUUGGCAACCUGCCAAGCGACGUGCGCGAGCAAGAAGUCGAGGACAUUUUCACCAAGUACGGCCGCAUCCGGAACGUUUCGAUCAAAUCGAGCCGCGCCGGACCCGCGUUCGCUUUCGUCGAAUUCGAGGACAAUCGGGACGCCGAGAACGCUAUCCGCGGUCGCAGCGGAUACGAAUUAGACGGAAAGCGCAUAACGGUCGAGUUCACGCGAGGAGUGGGACCGCGAGGACCGGGCGGCCGACCGAUGAACGACUCGCGCGGAUUCGGCGGCGGUGGAAGACCGCAGAAGGGCACAGGACACCGGGUGAUCGUCGAGGGACUGCCGGAAACCGGAUCGUGGCAAGACCUGAAGGACCACAUGCGCGAGGCGGGCGAUAUCUGCUUCGCCGACGUCGCCAAAGACGGAACCGGCAUCGUCGAGUUCGUCAAUUACGAUGACGUCAAGUACGCGGUCCGCAAGUUGGACGAUACCAAGUUCCGAUCCCAUAAGGUUCGUUUCAAUAUCAGCGUCUACGUUAUAUCACGGCGUUUUCUCAAUUUUUCGUCCACGUAAACGAAAAAAAAACAGUGAGCGAGAGAGAAGCGAUUUGCGUGUGAAAAGGCAGAGACGCAGACGCGCAACUGUUUUUUGCUCCAAAAUUCGCCACAGAGUGCGUUCACAUUAAAACAAUGCCCCGAUAAUAUAUUUUCUUUUCAGGGCGAAACUGCGCACAUCCGUGUUCGCGAGGACCCCGGAAGGAGAUCGGCCCGUUCCCGAUCCCGCUCGCCGGCCCGUCGUGCUUCUACCUCGCGUUCUCGUUCUCGGGACCGUUUUCCGCUGAGAGAAUCGCGUCGACGGUCGCCGUCGCGCAGCCGUUCUCCGUCGCAAUCCCGUUCCCGCUCGGCCAGUCGCAGCCCUUCUCCAUAA